AUGGCACCCACUCAACAUGUCGUUUUCUUAUAUGUCAUGAUAGAGAUCACGGGCAGAAUCUAUCGGACUUCUUCUAUGCUUGCAACUCAGACUAACAACCCCCUUCAGCUGCCCCAGUUUUAUCAAGUCGCCCGGGGCGACUCCGCGCUACGAUCGGGUAUCCUGAUACUUCCACUAAUCCUCUCGCAGAUUGUCACAUCACUUUCUUCCGGCUUCCUGGUAUCGAAGUACUCAUGUUAUCGACUUAACCGAAUCAACCUCAUUGUUGGUUAUGCUCUUUGGACAAUUGCGUCGGGGUUGUUUACAAUAGUCACUCCAUCAACGACGGCAGCGGUCCUUGUGAUCUUCCAGCUACUGACGGGGCUCGGCAGUGGGCAGACACUCCAGACUACCCUGGUUGCUAUUCAAGCUGCAGUCAAGAGGGAAGGAAUGGCAGUUAUCACUGGUGCUCGUGUUUAUUUACGAAUGAUGGGCUCGACUUUGGCUGUAGCUGCCAGUUCGGCUAUUGUCAACAACAUUGUCCGUAUCGCCGAUCCUACAACCAUAGCCUCCAUGUCACUAUCCUCGGCACAAGAAUCAGAAGCACUGAAUGCGUACGCCCACGGAGUACAGGUCACAUAUUACAUGAUGACUGCCCUGGCCGGUAUUCAAUUCUUUCUUUGCGUCUUUUUCGUCAAGGACUACUCAUUGAAGAGGGACGAUGACCAACAGCAAAAGGAGGCAGCUAGAGCUCGGCUAGAGCAAGAAAAGAACAAGAGGGCGGGCAGCAACCACAAUGCAGAACCAUCAACUGCUGAAGCUCGACAGCAAUCGAGAACAAGGUCUAAAGUUACUAUGGAACUAUGCUAG